UAUUGAAUUGGUAUCGGUGUACGCGUGUAUGCUGUCGUCAAUCAACACCGCAUGUUUUAUUUGUGAUUUCGUUUUUUCGCUUUUGAUUAAAUAUCAUCUGUAUCGCUCAAUAUGUGCGACGAAAUCGGUGUGACAGUGUGUGUUAAUUUAUGUGACAGUUAUUUCAAUAUAAAUAAGCGAAAAAAGCAGAAAUAGACGUAUAAUCUUUGGUCAAAUUUACGCAAAAAAAAAGUGAAACAAACCGAAGGGUUUAAACAAUUCACAAAGUUGAAGGACUAAAGUGUAGAAAGAAAUUAUAUUUCAAAAAGUCAUCAAGGAACAAUUUUGUGUUUAUCGUGACGUUGAACACAAAACUCGGGAUGGGAGAGAGAGAUUGGCGGCCGUUUGUUUACGGAGGAGUGGCGUCAAUCACCGCAGAAUUUGGUACAUUUCCGAUUGAUACGACCAAAACUCGACUGCAAAUUCAAGGACAAAUAUGUGAUCAGCAACAUACAAAACUACGAUACACGGGCAUGAUUGAUGCAUUCAUACAAAUUCGACGUCACGAAGGUGUUAAAGCUUUAUACUCAGGAAUUUGGCCAGCGGUUUUGCGACAAGCAACCUAUGGAACCAUUAAAUUUGGUACUUAUUAUACGCUUAAGAAUAUAGUCACGGAAAAAGGCUGGUUAAUCGAUAAACACGAAAAUGAACGGGUUUGGUGCAAUGUUUUGUGUGCAGUUAUAGCUGGCGCAAUUAGCAGUGCUAUAGCAACACCCACCGAUGUAUUAAAAGUAAGAAUGCAAGUUCAUGGACGUGGCACGGACAAAGUUGGUUUGAUUGGUUGCUUCCGGGAGAUUUAUCACCAAGAGGGAAUCUCAGGUUUAUGGCGAGGUCUCGGGCCAACUGCGCAAAGAGCUGCUGUAAUUGCUGCCGUCGAAUUACCUGUAUACGAUUUUUGUAAAUUACAUCUGCUCGAAACGUUUGGAGAUCAUGUAGCCAAUCACUUUAUAUCUAGUUUUAUAGCUAGUUUAGGUAGUGCUGUAGCUUCAACGCCAAUAGACGUUAUUAGGACUCGUUUGAUGAACCAGAAGAAAUUAGUCUCACAUCACCAGAACCAAAUGGCACACCGAUUGUACAAAGGAAGUUUUGACUGUGGUUUACAGACAGUGCGAAAUGAAGGAUUUUCGGCGCUGUACAAAGGAUUCAUUCCAACGUGGUUCCGAAUGGGUCCGUGGAAUAUUAUCUUUUUUAUCACAUACGAGCAAUUGAAACAAUUUCAUUAGAAUUGAGCCAGUUUUUCAGUGUUCCGAUUGAAAAUAUUUAUAUAUUCAAUCUAAAAUGUCAAUUAUUAUGUUUUGUUUAUUGAUAUAAAGAAUUUUAUCAUAUUUUAUACAUACAAGGAACUGAAAACCAAAAAAAAACACACACACAUGCGUGAUAAAUGAAACUUGCAAUAUAAAACAAAAAGUCAAGAUGUCAUUACAAAGUACACAAAGUGGUGAACAAAAAUUGGCAUUCUAUGUAUUUCGGAUGGAUAUCCAUCUGAGAUAUUUUAGAAUAUCUGGAUAUUCGACGCAACUGUAAAUGUUCAAAAAAAAUAGUAAUGCACCAUAGAAUUUUCUGCACAAAAAUAAUUAUUUAAUUGAUAAUUUCCAGUUUCUUAUAAAUGUUUUUAUUCAUGUUCAAAUGGCCGAUAUAAUUUCGUGAUUUCCAAAAUGUUGCCACGGAAUUGGUGCCCAUUUGAUAUCGAAUUGUCAGAUUUGCAAAAGUUCCGCUUAUUGUUUGUUUGCUUUUAAAGCAUUUUAGCUGUAGAAAUACACAAAGCCAAUGACUACCCCCAAUACGCUUCCACAUUCUCAAAGGCAUUUAGACAUCGAUCGGUUUAUAUGUUAUUGUCACGUUGCUGUAUAAAUAUAGGAUAGUUAAAAAUAACAAUAAAAAUAAAAUUCAAAUCCAAAAAAUGAAA